CUCUUGGCAGUCACCAUGAGGGCGCUGCUCCUGCUCUGCUGCUGCCUGGCCUCGCUGCUGCUUUCAGGACAAGCAGAACUGCAAGUCUCUGCUUCGGGUGGCACAGAAGAUGUUGGCAAUUUGUUGGAGAAUCAUUUCUCUGCUGGAGAUGCAAGUCUAGAGGAGAAAGAAAGGGCGCUUUAUGCAGAUGCGGCCCCUGGAGACAAGAACCUGCUCCAUCACUACCCAGACGGCAGGGAGGCUGAGAGCUUGGAGCAGACCCCAGCAGGGGCUCCUUCCACUGCCAACGGCCAGGGCUCCGAAUCAGAAGCUAGCCUGUCCAAUACCUCAGCUGCAGAGUCAGCUCCAUCUGAGGAUGCUGAAAGGCCUGGGGAGGAAGAGGAGGGCCCAGCAGCAGCAGGCACCCUUCCUCCAGGAGGGGUAGAGGGGACAGAAGAAGAGGGGACAGAGUUCAGUUCUGGAGAGGAACCGGGACAGGAUGGGGCUGCCAGUAUGGGGGCAGAAGUACAAGAGGGAAGUAGUGAGGAACCUGAGGGGUCCCAGGGAAUUUUAGGAGCUAGCCCCAUGAAAGAAGCAGCAGCAGGAACAACAGAGUCUGCAGCCACCCAGGUCUCUCCUAGCAUAGAGGGUGAAGAGGUCUAUACAGUGGAGGCAAAAGGUGAGGGCAACACAGGGUAUGGUCACAGAUCCACAGAGCUAGAUGGAGUCCAGGGUGCCACACAUACUGGAGAUGAGUCAGGGGCUGCCAUGGCUACAGGAACCAGAGAGGGGUCAGAGGACCAGCCCCAGGGCCAUGCCCUGCAGUCAGAAGAUGAAGCCAUGGCAGGGCCUCAUCUCCAGCCCACUGACUUGGAUGCCAUCUCCGACAGCAUGUCUUCUGGGGUAGAGGCAGGAGGAGCUGCAGAAGUAGCAUCUGACCAGGAAUCAAAGGCUGAGGUGGAUACAGAACUUGGGGAGGAGGCUGAGGACCAAGGGGAGCGUAGACCUAGCCAGGAGGCUGGCUCGGCUAUAGAGGCCAAUGAAGAGUCUGGGGGCACCCAGAGUCCCAAGGACAGGGAGAUAGAGAACUACCUUCCUGAGGGCCAGGUAUCAGGGAUGCCUGAGGAGGGCCCGGCUGAGGCCUCCUCUGAGGAAGAGGGUGGUGAAGAAGGAGGAGCUCCAUCUAAAGAAGAGUCUGAAGAAGACAGUGCUGACGGAGCUAGCUCAGAAGAAGAGGGGGACAUCCCCGGGGAGGCUGCAGAGCCCCAGAAAGCAGCAGGAACCACAGAACACAAGGAGGAAGGCACCCAGCUUGACGUAGAAGAUUUGGACACAGGGUCUGAGGGUGGCAAGACCCAGGAUACAGAGGCGGAGGCAUCCAAAGAGAGACAACAGGGGAGAGGGAAUCCUGUAAUUGCUCAUCAGGAAGAGACGGAGGAUGUGAGUGAAGAGGGUCCCAUGAGGGACCGCUCCCAUAUUGAGAAAACCCUGAUGCUGAAUGAGGACAAGCCGGCUGAUGAUUACACAGCGGUACUGCAGCGGCUGCGAAAGAUCUACCAUACAUCCAUCAAGCCCCUGGAGCAGUCUUACAAGUACAAUGAGCUGCGACAGCAUGAGAUCACAGAUGGGGAGAUUACUUCCAAGCCAAUGGUGCUGUUCCUGGGACCGUGGAGCGUUGGCAAAUCCACCAUGAUAAACUACCUCCUGGGGUUAGAAGAAACUCGAUACCAGCUUUAUACAGGUGCUGAACCUACCACCUCCGAGUUUACUGUUCUUAUGCAUGGGCCCAAGCUGAAAACAAUUGAGGGCAUCGUCAUGGCUGCUGACAGUGCCCGAUCCUUCUCACCCCUGGAAAAAUUUGGCCAGAAUUUUCUGGAGAAGCUGAUUGGCAUCGAGGUUCCCCACAAACUUCUAGAACGAGUCACUUUUGUAGAUACACCAGGCAUCAUUGAGAACCGCAAACAACAGGAAAGAGGCUACCCCUUCAAUGAUGUGUGUCAGUGGUUCAUCGACAGAGCUGAUCUCAUCUUUGUUGUCUUUGAUCCCACCAAGUUGGAUGUGGGUCUGGAGCUAGAGAUGCUCUUCCGCCAGCUGAAGGGACGCGAGUCCCAAAUAAGGAUCAUUUUGAACAAGGCUGACAACCUGGCCACACAAAUGCUCAUGCGGGUGUAUGGAGCUCUCUUCUGGAGCUUGGCCCCUCUCAUCAACGUUACAGAGCCUCCACGGGUUUAUGUCAGCUCCUUCUGGCCACAGGAUUAUAAGCCUGACACCCACCGGGAACUGUUCCUCAAAGAAGAGAUCUCUCUCCUAGAAGACUUGAACCAGGUGAUUGAGAACAGAUUAGAAAACAAGAUUGCUUUUAUUCGCCAGCAUGCCAUCCGAGUCCGAAUCCAUGCCCUUUUAGUUGACAGGUAUCUGCAGACUUACAAGGACAAAAUGACCUUCUUCAGUGAUGGGGAACUGGUUUUUAAGGACAUUGUGGAAGAUCCUGAUAAAUUCUACAUUUUCAAGACCAUCCUGGCAAAGACGAACGUCAGCAAGUUUGAUCUUCCCAACCGUGAGGCCUACAAGGACUUCUUUGGCAUCAACCCCAUUUCCAAUUUCAAACUCCUCUCUCAACAGUGCUCUUACAUGGGGGGUUGCUACCUGGAAAAGAUUGAACGGGCCAUCACCCAGGAGCUCCCCGGCCUUCUGGGUAGCCUUGGGCUUGGGAAGAAUCCAGGUGCUCCUAACUGUGACAAAACAGGCUGUGGUGAGGCCCCAAAGAAUCGCUACAAGAAGCACUAGUUGUGUGUAGCAAUUCUCAGGUCCCCAUUGGUGAAUGAGCUUGUGUUCUAACUGUCUGAGAAGUCCUGGUUUAUAUUAACCCUUUGAGCCAUACUGGUGACAAUCAGUCUGCAUUGGAGAUUUGGGAGUUCAUUGAGACCGGUGAAUCAGGGAAGGAACAAGGGUUCUAGGGAGGAGAGUGGAAACUGUGAAUUAUAGUGUGCUUGUCUUACAGCUUCAGUUAGAAGGCCUGACACAGGCAAGUCAGGCUUCUCUUGUUUUUCCUGGGUCUUGUCUUGGAGGGACAGAGAGCAGCUAACUUCUAAUGAAUACUAAGAUAAUGAGGGUCAGAUAAGCUAAACUCAGUUGAAAUAAUAGAGGGUUCUCAGGUCAGUGUCAACUCCUUUCACACAAAUCUUCUGUCCGUUCCCUAUUCCUCCUUGACUCCCUCCUAAGCUUGGGUUGAUUUUCAGCAGUGGACAGUCUUUUGAGUCUGAUCUGCAUGAUUUUGAGCCCAACCUUGGAAUCUUCUUCCUGUUUUCCCAAUGGAUUGGGCAUGCAGAACACUAAAGCAAGUUUUCUGAUUAGGGUGUUAUCUGCCACCCAAAGUAUCAUUUCAUUGAUGUCUUGGUUAGAGGGCUCAGACACUUAGUUGGCCCUAAGAGGGUGAGUGGGUGAUGUACUCAAGAGGUUCUUUUCCUCCUGGAAAUGACUUACAUGGAAAAUGGAAGGACUCAGGGGUUAAUUGGUUUGCAGUGUGUCUUUGUCUGUUGCUUGUCUUGGAAAACUCAGAUCACAAAGGUGUUGGUUUCAGAAAGGACAAUGGGGGUCUUGCUCCUGAUCCUUGGAGGCUUCUCUGGACAGCCACUUCUCCCAAGUUUUAGGGGAAACUACUUCUACAACAGUGGUUUCUCUUUCCCCUUCUCCAUUCCCCGAUAUGCCAAUACUUCUAUCUGAGAGAAAUUCCUAGACUCAGAACCAGCCCCAGCCCCUUGGCAUUGGUGGAAGACAUGGUCUGAGGUUCAGGUUCAACCUGACAAUAUCCACUAAAUACAGUCAAGACCUGUACACACUAGUGAGUGUGCAUUUGUUUGUCCACUGUACAGGAGAGAACUAGAACAAUGGUAGCCUGAGGGCACAGAGGAAGGGCUCCUGAGAGUCUUGCAUGGCAGACAUAUGCUGCCAUCUUGGAGAUUAUGCCCUGGGAGGAUGAAGAGCAUUUUUGAUGCAGCAGGCAAGGCGAAGGUCAGACUGUCUUGAGGACUUCCUUUGAGCUGCUUUUUUGGGGGAGUAAGCUUUCCUGGGGGCCUGGAUUGUGAGGCAUAGGUUGGGAUCCUCCAGUACCAGUGAGUCAUCUGGAGCAGCAGGAAAGUGGGAAGGAAGGCUGAGCCGGAGUUGUUCCUUCUGAGGACCAGGUAGGGAGUAUGAGCAGACUGGUAAUCAGUGGGGGCUAUAGAGAACUUCAGUUUAGGAGUUCAUAUCUCUGAAUACUUAGCAGUCUGGUGCUGGCUGUAAGGGAAGCUUUUGCUUUAGUUCUGUGUAGGGCCCAGGACCUCCAACAAGUCAAAUGCUCCAAAUAUGUAUAGCAAAUCUAUUUUUUCUCAAAGCAGUCAGAGAGAGGGGAGAAAAGCUGAACUGUAUGGACUCUGGCCUAGCUGUCAGUUCCUGCAUGCUUGGUGGGAAGCAGGUAAAAUAAGGCAAAUCAAUUCAUACAGUAUUUGUGUUUGUGGGAGAGGCACCUUGCCGGUCCUUUCAGAUUUUUUUCCACCUUUUUCUUCGUCUCCAUUCUGUUCCUCUUCUCACCUCCCAAUUCACUUUCCUCUCCUGCCCACGGGCUGCUGAUGGGCCAGCACAGGGUUUAGCUCCCAUUCUUUGCCCGGCUCUGUAGGAAAUUGAUUUUGAGUAGGAUUCUGACUCUAGGAGGAGGGGGUUUCAUCCCAGGAGAAAUGUGAGAUCCAGAGAUUUCCUGAGUGGACUAUCCAUGUAGGUGCCUGAAUAGUGGCUGAUCUGUCCGGGGUUCUUUCCACUCUGGUUUCAUCAGGAGAAGGUCUCAAUAAAGUUCCAAUCUCUCA